AUGCUUCGUGUUACUGUUCUUUGCUUACUUGUUGCCACAACUACUGCCUUACUUGGUUUCGGUGAUAAACAGGCUGCUGCUGCCAAAGGUAAACUCUUGUGCAAUGGUGAGCCAUUGGAGAAUAUUCGAAUUAAGUUGUAUGAGAAAGAACUAACUUUCGAUGUGAAGAUGGGAGAGACAACCACAAACUCAGAUGGAGAGUUUGAGGUUUCCGGUUGGAAGACAGAAUACUCCAAAAUUGAGCCAAAGGUUAAUAUCUAUCACAGAUGUGGUUUCACUGGAAUGCUCUCAAGCACCUGCUAUAAGAAGUUCUCCAUCUAUAUUCCAACGAACUUCAUUAAUGUAGGAGAAACAGCAGAACGUGUGUUUGACAUCGGAACAUUGAAUAUGGCCGGAAAAUUCAGUGGAGAAUCAAUUGAUUGCUUCAACUAA